CUCCCGUCGCCCCUUCACCUAGGUAGGUGGGUAUCGCCAAUGCAAGUGCUCCGAUUCACCUCGGUGAGCCCCACUUGACUUUGCCGAAACCUUUGAUGCCAAGGGCAGAGCUCAAUCCCCCUGCGGGGGAGUGUAAAUUACGGGCAGAUGCUGUUCUAUACGAUUCAAAUGACUCGAGGCAUAUGGAUCAUUUGGGCACGUUCUUUUCAGCCCCCAGUCUCCCGUACCUUCCGACGUUGACGAGAGCGUAAUGCAAGACUGCAAGCCCCGGCUGUUGGAGAUGGGAGAUGAUAUCCGGGCGGAGGUCUCAAGCACCAAACUAGAAUUAGGCGUUCUGGCUUCUGCCAGCCCACCCUCUCACUUCCAUCCUUUGAAUCACCAUCGCAACUAUGAAGGCAGUUGUGAUCCAUAAAUUCGUCACGGACUUGGACAAGGUCCAUCCCUCGGACGUCGAUCCUCCGCCGGUGACAAACGACCAAGUGGUCAUUGACGUGAAAGCGGCCGGAGUGAACUUUGUCGAUACACUCUAUGCCCAAGGCAAGCACCAAAACAACCGCAACCUCGUCACCCCGCCCUUCACCCUCGGUCUCGAGUUCUCGGGCGUAGUCCGCUCCGUCCCCCCGACGACCACCACCUCCCCAUCCCCCUUCCCCUUCCCCCCCGGCACGCCCGUCUUCGGCGACGCGCCAUCAGGCUCCUACGCGACGCAGCUCUCCCUCCCCGCCUCCGCCUCCUUGCACGCCAUCCCGCGGGGCUGGACCUUCGCCGACGCAGCCGGCGUGGCGGCGACGCUGCCCGUGGCCUACGGCGCUCUGGUGCUGCGCGGCCGCCUGUCGGCGGGCGAGACGGUGCUUGUGCUGGGCGCGGCGGGCGGGCUCGGCGUCGCGGCCGUGCAGGUCGCUGCUGCGGCGGCGGGGCGCGGCGGGUGCCGGGUGAUCGGGGUUGCGGGCGGGGCGGGGCGGUGUGCGGUUGUGCGGGGGCUUGGGGCGGGCGUGAGGUGCGUUGACCGGCUGGCAGGGAGGGGCCAGUGGUGGGAGGCUGUGAUGGAGGAGACGGGGGGUCGCGGGGUGGAUGUUGUGUUUGAUCCUGUUGGGUUGGUGGGGCUGAGCUUGAAGUGUCUGGCGCAUCGGGGGAGGAUCUUGGUCGUUGGGUUUGCGGGGCGGGAUGCGGCGAGUAUGGAGGGCGUCAUGAUGAAUAGAGUGCUGCUGAAGCAGGCGGAGCUCAUUGGAUAUAGGUUCGGUGAGAGUCACCGUCGAUACCCCGGGGAGAAGGAGCAGAUCUGGAGAGAGCUCUGGCCGCUCAUAGAAGCCGGAAAGAUCAAGCCGGUCCUGUAUGAUGAGAAGUAUAUGGGGCUUGAGAGUGUCCCAAGGGCACUCAAGGACAUCGCGUCGGGGAAGAUCUGGGGUAAGGCGGUGGUACACGUUGACACAGCCGAGGAAGAAGGCCAGAAGGCCAGGCUCUGAAGGGUUGGUCUUAGUCAAGAUGUACUGUACAUCAGGGUCUGACUCAAGGUUGCAACUGUCACACCGCUUCUACCUGACGGGGUGAAUGCCGGUCAACAGUAACGAGUAGAUGCUAUAUGGAAAGUCCAGGCUCCAAGCUCGGAUUGAAAGCGCUUAGUAGGUCUCCGGUGCGUGUUGCAAAGCAAGCUGCACGACAUUUUCGCCUAUCCCGCACCUCUCUGAAGUUCAAGCUGAGAUUCCCAAACGCCAGGCUUCGCAAUGCAGAUCCUAUAGCUGACCAGACAGAUACGAAGAAUUCUAUCUGGAUUCUCGUGUUGCUAGAUCCAUCCGGUCACCGUCCCCCGUCUCCCGUCCCCCAACCCCCCGUCCUUUUUUGCCCCCGGGUGCGCCGGCCCUCUUAUUCCGUCGUCGACAUCGACAAUAGAUAGUUAGGU